CCACGAUCUUCCCUUAUAUAUGCAUUAUAUCUUCGUUUCAUUCACGCACUCUGCUCUCGAAUGAGAUUCCUUGCACUCACUGAUCGAUACGACCUCUGUCCCUCUCAGCCAUGGAGAUCGCCUCCGCUCAGCCUCUAGCUCCCCGCUGCCGUAUCAUCACCAGCAGCUGCAGCUGCACCUCCUCCCUCGCAGCCCCGCCGUUCCAGCUCAAGCUCCAUUCCUCCGUCGUUCCUCAGAGCUCGCUCCACUUGCACUGCUCGCUCAGCCCGCUCCGAGGAGCUAGGGUUGGCGGAGCCAGGCAGCAGGCGGUCAUCGGAACUGCUCGCGCUGCUUCUUUUGAAGCUGCUGGAGCCGCUUCUACCGGCGUUGCCGAGAGAUGGCUUCUUCAACCCAUCGGUGAUGGAGAUACAAGGCACAUAGGUUUUAAGGUUGAAAUGCCCGGGGUUUUUGAAAUUGCUUCCAAUGAGGUCACAGUCGGCCGCCUCCCAGAGAAAGCAGAUAUGGUGAUUCCAGUUGCAACAGUCUCUGGCCUUCAUGCUCGCAUCCAGAAGACAGGAGGCAACCUUUUGGUCACGGAUUUGGACAGCACAAACGGGACAUUUAUCAACGAAAAGCGGUUGAGACCCGGAGUUGCUGCUGCUGCAUCCCCAGGGAGCCGCAUCACUUUUGGGGAUACGCAUCUAGCAAUCUUCCUGGUAUCAAAGGCAGAAGUUGUGGAAACGUCGAAUCCCCAGGAAUCCUCAGAAAAGUCGGAGACGAAUCCCCAGGAAUCCUCUGAAAAGUCGGAGAAUGAGGACUUGGAUCAAAGCGCUGAAUCAGCGAGCUGAGCAUUCGACAUAUAGAGAUAAAAAUGAUUUGCGUAUGGUGCUCUAUUUCGGCUGUGCAAUUAUUGAGAUGUUACCUCUUUUUUUUCCUAAUUAUAAUUAUAAUGUCUACAAAUCAGAAGCGCUGAAAGUCCU